AUGGUAAUCACAUUAAACGUCACAAGGGUGAAAAACUUUGUCAUCCUUGGAUUCCCUGGACUUUCUCCACAGUUCUAUGGACCAGUAUCAGCUGUCUUUUUUUUCUUCUACCUAACUAUUGUAGUAGGAAAUAUUUCCAUUUUAGCAAUUGUGUUUUCUGAAAAGACGCUCCAGAAACCUACAUAUCUUGUCUUCUGUCAUCUGGCACUGAAUGACUUUACAUUUGGCACAACUACGCUCCCAAAGAUCAUAUCAAAAUACUGGUUUGGAGAUGAUCUUAUUUCAUUUUACGGAUGUUUUAUACAAAUGUUCUUUAUUCAUUAUUUGGGUGCAGUGACGUCUUUUAUGCUAUCAGUAAUGGCUUUUGAUAGGUUCAUUGCAAUAUGUUUCCCACUUCAGUACCGUGUCCUGAUCACAAACAGCAUCAUAUCUGCACUCUGUGGUUUAGCUUGGUUAAUACCCGUGUCUUUUAUGUUGGUCAUAAUAAUACAAACCAUUAGUUUACCUUACUGUAGAUCAAAUGUUAUUGAGCAGUGCAUCUGUGACCACAUGUCUUUAAUAAACCAGGCGUGUGGAAACAAUGCUAAAAGUGUUCAAGUCACAACUUUUUCCCUGGCUAUGUUCUCUCUGUUGUUGCCUCUUGCGUUUAUCUUAUUUUCCUAUGUUUGUGUUAUUGUGGUGAUUAUGAAAAUGUCGAACACUGCAGGUCGCACAAGAGCCUUUUCAACCUGCUCUUCUCAAAUAUUCAUAACCUGUCUUUUCUAUCUGCCCAGGUGUUUUGUUUAUAUUGCUAAUACUUUUGGGAUUUCUUUGAGUUUAGAUUUCCGCAUUGUCAUAAUCCUGUUGUACAGUCUACUUCCUGCUGCAGUUAAUCCAAUUAUUUACUGUUUCAAGACUCAGGACAUCAAGAAGACUUUGGUCAGGAAACUGAAAACAACUAAAGUUGGAAUGGAGAUAAAAAUAUGGACCUUGUGAAUAUUACAAUGUGUGUAGGAAUUGUGACUGUACAGAAGUUAAUGUUCAAGAAUAAAUACUUGUUGUCACUUUAAUUGUUUUUGAUUGUCCUCAUUGUUUUACUGUG